AUGACCACCACCAGAAGCAAUACUUUUAGUGAUGCUACUGUGGAGUAUGUUGUUGGAACUGUCCUGGAUGCUAACUCUGAGUCUCCUUACAGGCUUGUCCUGAAGGAAGCUGGUAUUGAAUCUAUGAUGGACAUUCUUGAGUUGACUUUGGAUGACCUACUGUUUCUGCAGUGGACUUCAGGAGAGGAGACCCCCAAGAAGUUGACCCUUGUCCAAUCCAAGCGUAUCAUGCACCUCAUUGCCUGGCAUAGAACUCAGGAUGACCCAAGCAAUGUGGAUUGGUUUUCAUUGACUCCUACAGUACUCAGACAGUUUAGAGAAGGUGAAAUCUAUUCCAAGCCCCAAUGUGCAGAUGAGAUGUCUGAAAAUUCCUACACUGUUCCCCAUGCCCAGCCAGCAUUGCCUAAUGCUGCUUAUGACUUUGACAAAGGUACUGAGAGAAGUAUUGCUGACUAUCCUGUUCUGAAAGAAGCCAAACAAUGGUCCUCUUGGAAUCGCCAGACCAGAGCUCUUGCCCUUUCCCAUGGCCUACUGAAUGUAUUUGACCCUGCCUAUGUUCCCCUCAACCCUGAUGAAGCCUCUCUGUUUGCUACUCAGCAAAGAUUUGUCUUCAGUGUGUUUACCAUGGCCAUCAAGGAAACCAAGGGAAUGAUUAUCAUACGCCAGCACUCUGAUGAAAAGAAUGCUAUAUCUCUGUUUGGCAAUGCUCAGCUUGUCUACACUGCCUUGAUGGCUGCCUAUGAGGGUGGUGUUGUGGCUACACUUUCUGCUCAGUAUCAUGAAACCCUUCUCUUGAAUUACAACUUGAACAAUUCCUGGACCAAACCUCUUGUGACCUGGUUUUCUUCUUUUGAGCACAAACUGCUGGAUUUGGACAAUGUGCUUCCUACUCCCAAGGAUGAUGCUUGGAAGCGCAACAGACUUGAAAUGGCUGUGCUUCAUCAUACUCAGCUUCAGACCUUUCAUUCUACACUUUCUACCCAGGCACUUGUGAUGGGCAAGCAACAUGACUUCCUCUUUGAACUUGAAGCCUGCAAGACUCAAGCUGCCAAAUUGGAUGCGCAGGCUGGCAUGAAAGUUAAGACACAGAGGCAGACCAACAACCAUGAGCGUGGUGGGACCAAAGGUACUGGCCAUGGCAAUGCUUCCAACAGGAAGGGCAAUGCUGGCCGUGGUGCAUCCAAGGGUAAAGCCAAGGGAGGCAAGUAUUCUAACUAUAUUGACCCUGCAAAAUGGAAUGCUAUGACCUCAGAAGAAAAGCAAGCUGUCUACGAUGCAUGCUCUACACCCAGUGCAAGCAACACUCCCAAUGCAAACCCAGUCCCUUCCUCUGUGCUCAUCAACCAAGGUACUGUGCAACCAAGUUCUACUUCUGAUGCUGUUCCAACUGGACAACACAUUGUCCCCAGUAGUGGUGCCUCUGCUCUCUCUGGUACCACCAACCAGUCUUUCAUCAGGCAACUGCUUUCUAAUGCUACUGCCAGAACUCCCACUGUACCUACUUCUUCCCAUGAUGGGGAGAUUGUCAUUGAUGGGCUCAGGUUCAGACAUGUUAAUAUGCACAAGACCCACCAGGGUUCACUCAUUGAUGGUGGGGCUAAUGGUGGCAUGUCUGGUGCUGAUGUCAGAGUCUUGGAAAAGGGAUUUGCCACUGCUGAUGUUACUGGUAUUGGCAAUCAUGCUGUUUCCAACUUACCUAUUUGUCAGGUUGCAGGUGCUAUCAUGACUACAAAUGGAUUGAUCAUUGGCAUCUUCAGUCAGUAUGCACAUUUUGGAAAAGGAAAAACUAUUCAUUCUAAGCCUCAGAUGGAACAGUUUGGACUUACCAUUGAUGACAGAUCCAGACUUAGUGGAGGGCAACAAAGAAUGGUAACCCCUUGUGGACACAUCAUCCCUUUGCACAUUUGCAAUGGUCUUUGCUACAUGGAUAUGCACCCUCCCAGUGAUACUGAAAUGGAUGCCCACCCCCAUGUCUUCUUUACUGCUGACAUGCCUUGGGAUCCCUCCAUUUUGGACAAUGAAUACACAGAGCAUGAGUUCUCUGACUGUCUUGCACCUGAAGACUUCACUCCUUUGGAUCAUCGUGUGAACCAAUUUGGAACUACCACUGAUUCUGAUUUCUACCUUGACACUUGUAUUCAUGCUGUCCAUAACAUGCAACUUGUGCAUUCCCAACAUGUCUCAACUCAAGUGCCUGACUUGCAAGCACUACGCCCUAAUUUUGGAUGGAUUCCUGUUGAGAGAUUGAAGAACACCUUGGCUAAUACAACUCAGUAUUACAGGGCUUCCAUCUCUUACCCAUUCAGAAAGCAUUACAACAAUGUACCUGCUCAUGAUGAUGGUUACAUGCACCAUGGUGGUGCUACUAUGUUGCAAGUCUAUGCUGGCAAGGACUCUGGAUACUUAGCUGGGUAUCCCAUGAAGAUGGAAGGUCAAAUGCCCCAGACUCUAGAAGACUUUAUCCGUGAUAAAGGUGCUCCUUUGGGCUUGUUCAGUGACAAUGCUAAGGCCCAGACCUCCAAGGCUGUUGAGACCAUUCAGCGCCUCUACCAUAUUGCAGAUGCUCAAUCUGAGCCUCACUAUCAACAUCAAAACUUUGCUGAGCGCUGUAUCCAAAACAUCAAAUGUAUGAUCAAUACUAUUAUGGAUCGCACUGGUACCCCUGCCAAGUACUGGCUCCUUUGCACUCUGUUUGUCAUUGACCUAUCCAAUCACCUUGUGAGUGAUACACUUCAAGCAACUCCUUUGACCCGAUGCUUUGGUAUUCCCACUGAUGUUUCUGCUUACCUCACUUACCAUUGGUGGCAAUUGGUUUAUUUUGAGAACCAUGAUGGCUCUUUUCCCUCUACUCCUAAGGAAGGCCUUGCUCAUUGGGUUGGUCCUACUAAUAUGAAGGGGGAUGUAUUGACUUAUCAGUUGCUGACUGUGGAUACUCAGCAGCUGCUCUUUCGCUCCAACAUUUGUCCUGCUACCACUGACCCCAUGGUCCCUAAUGCCAGAGUUGAUGCCUCUGCUGCUCCACAUCUUCACCUGGAGGCAGGGGAGGAAAAGGACCAGUCAGACAACAUCAAGUCUAUCUCUGCUUUCCAAAAGAUUGAUCCUUCUUAUAUGAGUUAG